CCAUGUGUCUUGCCAAUAUUGUGGCAGGAAACGCAGUGAUGUCUCUGCAAGAAACUCACCUGCUUUUCAUGCUACUACCCUGACAGGAAACGCAGUCAUGUCUUGGAAAAAACAGUCGCUUUUCAUUCCAAUAUCCCAGCACAAAACAAAGCGAUGUCUUGGGGAAAAAACAAUCACCUUUUGUGGCACUAUCCCAACCGGAAAUGCAGUGAUGUCUCUGAAAAAACAACUGCUUUUUGCUCCAAUAUUGUGGCAGGAAACACAGUGAUGUCUCUGAAAAAACUAUCACUUUACGGGCCAAUAUCCCAGCAGGAAACGCAGCAGUGCCUUGGAAAAAACAGCCGCUUUUCAUGCCAAUAUCUCUGCAGGAAAUGCAGUAAUGUCUCUGAAAAAGCCACCACUUUUUGUGCCACUACUGGCAGGAAACGCAGCGGUGUCGCAGAAAACACAGGCGCUUCUUCUGCCACUAUCCCACCAGCACAAGCGGCAAUGUCUCUGAAAAAUAACUGCUUUUCAUGGCACUAUUUUGGCAGGAAACACUGCAAUGUCUCAAAAAGAGCAAAAAAAAACAACACUUUUGUGCCAAUAUCCCAGCAGGUAAAUGAACAACUGCUUUUCGUGACACGCAACAGUCAUUUCUGACUCGAUUUUGUGAUUUUAUUGUUUGGCAGAUGUCUUGCAUACAGUCGGUCACACCAUCCAUCAUCCCCUCCUGCUCACAAAGUCAUGUCAUACACUAUGUCAAAUGCAUAGUAUUCAUGGUUUGCAGAAACACUCAAUGCCAACAUUUCCUUCUGGUGACAGGGCUGAGAUGGCCGACCUUAAAAUCACCACUUUAGAAACGUCUUCAUAGAUGUGAGCGUGAUGGUUCACAAAAAAGACAUGAGUCACCAAUCAAGGCUUCGAGGUUUUCAACUGCAUCACACAGUCUUUAUCGAGUUGCUCAUCAUGUCAUCAUGGAGCUACAGAUGUUCUCUAAUGUUGACAUCACAAAAUAAUAUCAUAAGCCGAUAACACGUAGACAUUAUAUUCAUCUGUUGUGUCCUGCAUGAGUGAGUGCAUGUUUAAAAGCUUCCACAUGUUGUCUUUAAUUUAUAGCAGUCUAAAAAUAAUCUGACCUGCCCACUCUGGUCACACCACUGCCUCCACCUUCCUGCCCCGGCCUGGGUCAUGUUUGGCGUUAAUUUUAAAAGGCAGAUGGAGGACAGGGCUCAGCACACACCUCUGGUCUCAGCCCGAGAGCCGGCUCGUCCUCUGACACUCAGGCCGCGCCGCUGACAGGAGAGAGGACGCAGAGAGGAGAUUUCAGUCACAAUGGCCGAGCGCUACGACUGUAUAGAGUGUCAGGAGUCCUUGUACGGGCAAAAGUACAUCCUGAAGGAGGACAACCCGUACUGCAUCAAGUGCUAUGAGGCUCUUUUCUCCAACAACUGCGAAGUGUGCCAGAAGAUCAUCAGCUGCACCAGCAAGGAUCUGUCGUACAAGGACCGCCACUGGCACAGCGACUGCUUCCUGUGCAUCAAGUGCAGCCGAUCUCUGGUGGAUCGGCCUUUUGCCACCAAGGAUGAGAUGCCGAUGUGCAUCGAGUGCUACAGCAACGAGUACUCUUCAAAGUGCCAUGCAUGCCUGAAGACUAUCAUGCCAGGCUCCAAAAAGAUGGAGCAUAAGGGCAACAGUUGGCAUGAGAAUUGCUUCACCUGCAACCGUUGCCAGCAGCCCAUGGGCACCAAGAGCUUCAUCCAGAAGGAAGCCAACAACUACUGCCUGCCCUGCUACGAGAAGCAGUUUGCCAUGCAGUGCGUCCACUGCAAGAAGCCCAUCACCACUGGAGGAGUGAACUACCGCGACCAGCCCUGGCACAAGGAGUGCUUCGUCUGCAUCGGCUGCAAGCAGCAGCUGGCCGGUCAGCGGUUCACCUCUCGGGACGACUUCGCCUACUGCCUGAACUGCUUCUGCAACCUGUUUGCUAAGAAAUGUGCUUACUGCACCACCCCCAUCAGCGGUCUCGGCGGCAGCAAGUACAUCUCGUUCGAGCAGCGGCAGUGGCACAACGACUGCUUCAACUGCAAACGCUGCUGCGUGUCUCUGGUGGGUCGAGGCUUCCUGACGUGCAAAGACGACAUCCUCUGCCCCGACUGCGUCAAAGACUACUGAGCGACCUCCGAGGAGUCCGUCCGAGUUGGCGGCCAGUCAGAGAGCACUGGCGGGAUCCUGCUAACCUUUCAUUUAUCAGCGUCUCACACAUUAAUCUGCUGCCACUGCUGUGGUGUUUCUGCAUGCGCUGAUGAUACUGUGUUUUAUGAAAAUGAGUUCAUUCCAGGAUGCAGUUUGUUUCUGUUUUGCUGAAUGUAUUACUCCUCUGAGAAAAAAUGUGGAACGCAAAGACAGAAAUCCUACAAAAAUCUAAUGAGUAAAUCUAAUUUGUGGAGUGAAACUAUCUGUGUGUGGCAUCACAAUAACUGUGUUAGACUUAUUAGAGCAUAUUAAUAGCAUGUUGUUUUCAUGAGUGGCACUUUGAUGGCAAUUAUUCUUAACAGAGUUAAUAUAAUAUUACUAAUGCUGUUUAUUCUAAUUACAUGUUUGACGUUUGAUUCGGAUUAUAUGUGUUAAGCAUAAUAAAGAUUGUGUGGAUUUGAUGAA